CGUUCAGUCUGUGAGGAGGAUGGAGCUGGAAAUCUAAAUAGGGCAACUGGAGCCUGCAAAUUUCCAGCCAAGCUGCAAGCCUGACUUUCUUUACCCGCCUCACCCCUUCAUAAAGCCCCCCCGAUCUCUCUCCAGAACUUGCAGAUUCCUCGACCCUCUGACCAUGAACCUCUGGGCUGUGCUUUGCUUGACUCUGCUCGUGGUAGAGCUCCAAAAUGGUGCCUGCCAGCAGGUCAAGCGAAGAAAAGACAUCGGAGAGAACCGCAUCCGGCCAGGUGGGAAACGGGUAAAGGUGUGGCCUACGCUGAAAGAUGGACGAGGCAGAAGCCAUUCACUCCUGACGCAGGUGUUGGAUAAAGGCCGCUUCCUCCGCCUGGGCCAGAGCACCAUUUUGACUCCUGGGAAACACAUGGAGUUGCGCUGCAAAGGCAGCAAAAUCGGAUGGUCUUACCCGACUUACCUGGAUACUUUCAAUAACUCACGCCUCAGCAUCAAGCAAAGCGACAAGUACAGUCAGCUGAUCCUGACGUCGCCCUCUGCUGCCGACACGGGGGCUUACAGCUGCUGGGUGAUAGUAUGUGAUGGCACAGAGUGUGAGAAGGACCAUGAUCGCGCCUACGUCUCAUACAUCUAUUUCAAAGACAAAGACAACCUCUUCGUUCCAUCCACCAUGCACUUUGAGAUUGUGUAUCUACGCCCAGACCAGCCUGCCGUGGUUCCCUGCCGUGUGACCGAGCCACAGGCCAAGACGUCCCUGCACAGAGAGGUCCCCCCGGUGGAAAUCACAGCAAAUAUGACCCAGAUGGCAUAUGAUCCCACCAAGGGCUUCAUCCUGCAAAACCCGAGGCCAGAGCACCAGGGUGUCUUCUACUGCAAGGCUGAGACCAUGGACACCCCUCAGAUCUCCACAAAGUACCAGCUGCUUUAUGUGGAGGUUCCCAGUGGGCCACCGUUUGUGAGCCUUGAAGCCUCCCCAGACUCUGUGAGAGGAGGCGAAAACGUCAAUGUAACCUGCACAGUGCUGGGAGAGCCAGACGUGGACGUGAGCUUCACUUGGACUUAUCCUGGUCAGGGCUCCCGACCCAUUCACAUCCGGACUUCCUGGAGGCUGGUUAACAGAGGUAUGGGCUACACCACGCGCAUCACCCAGAGCAUCCUGACGGUAGAGGACUUGGAAACCAUCGACUUUGGAGAAUACAUGUGUAAAGCCAAGAGCCAGCAUGGCGAGACAAUCGUGGGGACCACCAUCAUCUCCAAAUAGCCCCAAACAACCUGACCUGCUGGCUCCAUCUGAUAUUCAAGAGUUUUUGACACAUUGGUGUUUCUUUUUUUAUCUAUGAAAUACAUGAAAUCAGUAUGUAUAUAAAUAAAAAUACAUUUUUGCCAAGUUGAAAAGUUCAUGUCAUUAAAA